UAAAGGGUUCAAUUCUAAAUUUGUUUCAGAAUAUAUACGAAGGUUUCUAAAGAGGGAGGAAAUCAAUGGCUAUGAAAUGUAUUGGAAAAGUUAUAUUGGUGAUAAUGGAGUUGGUUAUUCCUAUUUUUGUUCAAGUUCAUGCUAAUGACAUUGCCUCUACCUCUUUUGGCCCGUCUUCACUCCCCAUCCAGGUUUCUAAUGUUUUUGAGCUUGAUAAAGUUCAAGGGCCAAUGGGUGAAUGUCUUCAACCACAAAUCAAAUAUUGCAAAAGAGAGAGAAGGCUACAUGAAGACCAGUGGUUCUAUGAGAGGUGUAUUCAGUAUAGCUUUCAACACUGCUUGCACCGUAUUAGAGGAAAUGAGGACCCAACUAUGACUCCUCUCAGUAAAACGUGCACAAGUGAUUGCGCAAGGCAGAAACAUAAAUCAAUUAUUCAUAUUCAGACUUGUUUACUAGAAUGCUAUGAAGAGUAUAUCCAAAAUCUUCCUAAGAUUUACAACGAGCAUAUCGAAAAUCCCCCAAAUAUUUACAACAAGCCUAUCGAAAAUCCCCCAAAGAUUAGCCAAAAACUUAGAGAGUGUAUCCAAAAAUUUCUAAAGCAUUUCAGAAAGAACUCAGAUGUUGUUUAUUCGCAGAAUCUAUCAGUUGCAACUUUAGAUUUGCCUUGAUGCAGAAAUUGGUGGACUAUAGUUUACAUCACCAGUAGAUUUUAGUACAACUACAAAUAAUUGUCAACAAGAGUCAAAUUACCAUCAGCAAGCCAUCAAGCUCACGCCUGUUAGCAUGAUUGUUUCUCAUCGUCGAAGUUGGAAUUCUUUUGCUAUGAGUAGCAUGUUGGUAAUAGGGGUGUUCCAAUAUCAAGUGUUUUAGUUCAUUAAAUGUUCCUUAGUGUGCUACUUAUUUUAAAUUCUAAGCUUUAUUUAUUUCCACUGUUUGUGAUUGAUCAUGAAUCGUCUACUUGUGAUCAAGUUAGCUUGUGUUUAUGUUUAUCUAAUAAAGCUGGUAGGUCAAUAUCAGGUGAUGUAAUGAUGUUAUUGAAGAUCAAUGAAGAGUUAUAUUUCUUUUCAA